AUGAUGUUUGGAUAUGUGAAGGAGCUCACACUGGAGAAAAACAUUAUGUGUGAAUGUGGGAAGGCUUUCAGCAGAAAAGGUGAUUGCAAAAGACAUGAAAGGACUCAUACUGGGGAGAAACCCUAUGUAUGUAAGCAAUGUGGGAAAGCAUUUAGUACACAGGGAUCUUGUCAAAUACACGAAAGAACUCACACUGGGGAGAAACCUUAUGUAUGUAAGCAAUGUGGAAAAGUUUUUACCACACGAGCUAAUUGUCAAAGUCAUGUAAGAAUUCAUAGUGGGGAGAAACCCUAUAUAUGUAAGCAGUGUGGAAAAGCUUUUACCGCACACGGUAGUUGUCAAAAACAUAAAAUAAUUCACAGUGGGGAGAAACCCUAUAUAUGUAAGCAAUGUGGGAAAGCUUUUAGCAGACAAAAUUAUUGUAAAAUUCAUGAAAGGACUCAUAUUGGAAAGAAACCUUAUGUGUGUAAGCAAUGUGGAAAAGCUUUUACCACACAAGCUAGUUGUCAAAAUCAUGUAAGAACUCACACUGGGGAGAAACCGUAUAUAUGUAAACAAUGUGGAAGAGCUUUUACCACAUGUGAUAAUUGUCUAAGUCAUGUAAGAAUUCACACUGGGGAGAAACCCUAUGUAUGUAAGCAGUGUGGGAAAGCUUUUAGCACACGUGGUAGUCGUAGAAAACAUGAAAGAAUUCACACUGGAGGGAAACCCUAUGAAUGCAAGCAAUGUGGGCAAACAUUUAGAACACACAGUUAUAGUAAAAUACAUGAAAGAAUUUACACUGGGGAGAAACCCUAUGUAUGCAACCAAUGUGGGCAAACAUUUAGUGCACAUAGUGAAUGUAAAAUACAUGAAAGAAUUCACACUUGGGAGAAACUCUAUGAAUGUAAGCAAUAUGGGAAAAAUUUUCUCAAAUGUGUCACAUAUCAGAGACGUGAAAGAACACACACUGAGAAACCUUAUGUAUGUAAGCAAUGUGGAAAAGCUUUUAGCACAGGUAGUAGUUGUCAAAGACAUGAAAGAAUUCACACAGGGCAGAAACCAUAUGUAUGUAAACAAUGUGGAAAAGCUUUUAGGACACAUGAUCAUUGUCAAAUCGAUGAAAGAAUUCACACUGGUGAGAAACCUUAUGCAUGUAAACAAUGUGGGAAAUCUUUUGGUGCAUUCAAUGCACAGCCUCCAGCCAGCCGAGUGCAGUCUCAGGCAGCCUCAGCUCACUGCAGCGUGGCCAACUGUACACGGAUAGUAGGAGUUGUGGGGAGACCUUGUUCCCUGAAGGGCUGA